AUGUCACAUGGUUCUUUGCAGGAUAUUCCUGAUUUUCCUGAUUUUGAUGAUAGUGACGACUUGCCUUUGCUUGAAAGUAGGAUUGUGAAUGGUGAUAAUGCCACAGAGGGACAGUUUUGUUACUUUGUUGGUGUAACAUCAUAUGGAGGUCCGCAGAAUUCAGUUGCACUCGAGUUAUGUGGCGGAAGUAUUAUUGAUUCAUGUUGGGUACUCACCGCCGGACAUUGUUGCCUUCCUACUAUUAAUGCGUCUGAGCCAAUCACUUAUCAUAUCGAAGCUGGGUCUAUCAUAGCAGGAGAACCACAGCAGCUUCAAGUCAUCAUGGGUUCUCAUGCCUUCGUUCAUCCAGGAUUCAAUAGUUCAACUCUAGAAAAUGAUGUGUGUCUUAUUAAGACCGACCCUUUCACCUUUAAUCACGAUGUGUGCUACAUAGAUCUUGUGCCAAACUAUUGGAAGCCUGAAGUUCAUGUGGGAGAGAGUAUCACUGCCAUGGGGUUUGGUUUAACUUCAUUCAAUGGAUCAUUGCCUGGCAACUUACUUUGGAUCGAUAAUCUCAGGCUGAUCACAAGAACCGAGUGCAAGGUUUCCUAUCCUAUUUAUCCUCCAACGAUAUUCUGCGCUGAAGAUGAAGGCGAACCGCCAAUAAGUGCUGUGUGUCAAGGUGAUUCCGGAGGUCCUGUUGCGAUGACAAUGGAAGGUAAGACAGUUCAGGUUGGUUUGGUAUCCUUCGGAUCUACUGAGUGCAACAACGCGCCUCAAGGAUUCACGAACCUCGCCAUGUUUCAUGAUUGGAUCAAAUGGAUAAUGACGAAGGGACACAGUAAUGCAUCUGAUCAGAAAAAGGAGGAAAAGAAAGAGAAACCGUCGCUUCUUGGUGUUCUCCUUGGAAUUCUUGGAUGACGUUCUCGACAUUGUUCUUGUAAAAGUAAUAAUAAAUG